CCAUCUGCAGAGGCACAGCAUAUCCUUGCUAAGGAUAUAGUUGCACUUUUUCCGCAGCUGAGGUAUGACGAGACGAAGCCGACUGGUGCACCAGAUGAGUGGAUUUUUUUCUGGCCUCAUGGAGGAUCUGAACGAGGACCUCAUAGCGGGCAGAUUUAUCACCACAUCCGAAAUGCCAUCAAACGAUUGCCUGAUGGAAUGCGAAAAUUCAAACGCGCUAGAAUGGAUUCGCACACGGCUGUCGAUUCGGCAAUUGUGGCUCGCGCUCGUUCUUUGCGCUCAAUGGAAGCAGCGGAAAAGUCAUUUGUUUCUAAAGAAAUGGAAGCAUGCUUUCCACUCCAUCAGAUGUUCCUGUUCGAGAAAAAAACUAUUGAUGACUUUGCGGACAUGUUUCCCUAUUUAAUCAAAUUUCAAGGCAUACUGAUUCAUCAAACUUUCUCUCGAAUUGCUCCAGCAUGUGAUCCGAGGCCAGAUUACAAAGGCGUACUGGCAAAAUGUUUGCUGUACAAUUCCCAACGGUAUAUCAACGUAGAGGAUGAAUAUAUCCGUGCACUGCUAAGGAUCUAUGAUCAAAUGCCAGUUCGGGGAGUCCAACGGAAACUCAAUAGAUUCCCGUCUACUGAAAUGCAUGCCGUGGAACAUUUGGUUCGAUGGAUCAAGCCAACCACCAACGGAUUCGAUUCAUAUUUGGAAUCGAUGUCGGACGAGUCCCAUCCACACAUCGUGUGCAUUGCAGAACCAAUGAAGACAGGCCCACUGCAUGUAGUUUUGAAUAGAAACGUAACGGUUCCAGUAAAAACUUCAAUCAUCGCAAUUGACAUCCUCUUUCGGAGCUUCACAGUGUUCGGUGUCCCUGUCCCAUCCGAACUUAUAAUGCUUAUGGACUUUCUGGCCUUGGUCCUUUAUAAAACGAAGAAUCAGAGCAACAGGAUUACUGUAAAUAAGCUUGCGGCCCUGUUCAAAGAAGCGGCAAAGGCAGAGGAUUAGAAUUUAGAUUUCUUCUGCAAAUCCCUUCUAUUUUUUCAAUUUCAUUCACAAACACAAACAUUCACAAAUUCAUUCAACAACUUGAUUCACAAUAUUAAAUACGUAU